AUGGGAGAAAGUCGUAAUGAAUUGAUAGCUCGGUAUAUCAAAAUAAGAUGUGGAAAAACGAGGACACGAAAGCAGGUUUCAUCUCAUAUUCAAGUUUUGGCUCGAAAAAAGGCUCGAGAAACCCAGGCUAAACUAAAGACAGUGAAGGCAUCUUCACCAUCAGUGACUACUGAUACAACUGGCUUGAACUCAACCCCUGAAAAAGACAAGCCAAUGCUGGUUUCUUUGGCCAACAGUUCCUCAGUGCUAACGAACAUAGCCAAGCAGAGCACUGUGUUACCGAGAACACUUUAUCCUACAAUAUGGCCUGCUGGCUUCCCAACUCCUGCCUCACCUACGUUCCCCAGCCAAGACAAUCUGAAAGCUUAUCAACAAAUCGUCGAAUUAAAUGGUUUCAACAGUGGUCAGGUUUCGUCAGUAAAUGGUCAAACUACGAUAGAAAAAUUAUCGCCUGUUUUGGUAUCAUCGGUUGAUGAUCGUGCUAUUUCUUCUUCUAUGCUUACUCUAUGCGGUUUUAUAGCUUAUGUUGAACCAAUUCCGAGCGACAUUACAUCACGGGUUGAUUUGGUCAGAAUACCAAAACUUGCUGAUGAACCACUUGAGGCACAUACUUUCAAGCUUGAGGAUAUCGCGGAAAAAUAUCCGCCAGUUCUUGGCGAACUGUUCGCUGCAGGACCUCGAGAUGGUUUUUUCUUGGUGAAAUGUUGGGCAAACAUUGACUUCAACUUACCAGAUGAUAAUUCAGCUCUCUAUGCUGUUGACAGCUUUUACGAGAGUACUCAACGGUUUGAUAUCACUGUGUCUACCAAAGUUUGUUCAUUUGGCAAGCAAGUGAUCGAGAAAGUUGAGAUUUAUUCCCCAGUUGAAAAUGGAAGGAAAUUUAAUUUUCGACUAGAAGGAUCCCCAAUGUGUGAAUAUAUGGUCAAAUUCGUUGCAGAAUUAAAAAAAUUGCAAAGUCAUGAUUUGAUGAACAGCGUUUUGUAUAAUUUUACAGUAUUACAGGUUGUAACAAAUCGUGAAACAAAAGAGCCACUAAUGGUAAUUGGUUUUGUUUUCGAAGUAUCACCUGUACCUGAAUCUACUUGUCGUUUGUAUAGACUUGUCGCAAAUUAA